UUGUUUUUGUUUGUUGGUUUUCUAAUUUUAUCGUUCCCAAAACCUAUAAGGUUUUGUCUUUCGUGUGACUUUUUGUCCUGAAACUAAAAAAACCCUCAAGGGUUGGAGGAGCACUAUUACAAAAAGGUUGAAAUUUAAUGUGCAACUAUAAUAAUACUUCACGUUCCUUAACUCACAAGAUUCUCUCUCUGUCUCUCUUUAUUUUUCUUUCUUUUUUUUGUCCUCCUCCGUCUCUCUCUUCUAAACUCUUUCGAAUCUCUUCCUUUCGUUUGGCUUCUCCAUACCGGGAAGGUCCGUUCCGAUGAGAAACUCGCCGUCCAAGAACGGAUCGUCGGGAGGGCAUUGUCGUAAUUUCACAGACGCAGUCUGGUCUCCUUUUAUCAAGUCCGGUUUAGGAAUAUCUCCCAACAGAUCAUACGCCCUAGUAUCCCUCAUCAUCCUCCUUGCCGUCGGUGCGUUUAUCUCCACGCGCCUCCUCCUUGACCCUACCGUAUGUCACCCGAAACGACACUCCACUUCCGUGACGGCGUCGCCAAAGACUAAAACCCAAACCCAUACGAUAUCCCCAAAAUACCCUCUACCAACAACCGUAAUUACACAAAACCCUAAACCCGAGUUCACACUCCACUGCCCCGCCAACGAAACCACCACCGGGAGUACAUGCCCGAGAAACAAUUACCCGACGACAACAAGCUUCGGAGACGACAAUCCAAACCACCCUCCGACCGCCACGUGUCCCGAUUACUUCCGUUGGAUCCACGAGGAUCUCCGUCCAUGGGCGAAGACAGGGAUCACGAGGGAAGCACUGGAGAGAGCCAAGAAGACGGCGAAUUUCCGGCUAUCUAUCGUCGGCAGGAAGGUUUACGUGGAGAAGUUUCAAGAUGCGUUUCAGACGAGGGACGUGUUCACAAUCUGGGGAUUCUUACAGCUUCUAAGGAAGUACCCUGGGAAGAUUCCAGAUCUCGAGCUUAUGUUUGACUGCGUUGACUGGCCGGUCGUUAGAGCUGCGGAGUUCGCCGGAGUUAACGCGCCGUCGCCUCCUCCGCUUUUUCGGUACUGUGGGAAUGAGGAGACGCUUGAUAUUGUGUUUCCUGAUUGGUCCUUCUGGGGAUGGGCGGAGGUGAAUAUAAAGCCGUGGGAGAGUUUGUUAAAGGAACUAAGAGAAGGGAACGAGAGGAAGACUUGGAUAAACAGAGAGCCUUAUGCUUACUGGAAAGGGAAUCCAGUGGUCGCAGAGACACGACAAGAUCUCAUGAAAUGUAAUGUCUCUGAGGAACACGAGUGGAACGCUCGUUUGUAUGCUCAGGACUGGAUCAAAGAAUCGAAGGAAGGUUACAAGCAAUCAGACUUAGCGAGCCAAUGCCAUCACAGGUACAAGAUAUAUAUAGAAGGUUCUGCAUGGUCGGUGAGCGAGAAGUACAUUUUGGCAUGCGACUCUGUGACUCUGCUGGUGAAACCUCAUUAUUAUGAUUUCUUCACACGAGGCCUGCUUCCAGCUCACCAUUAUUGGCCCGUUAGGGAGCAGGACAAGUGCCGCUCCAUCAAGUUCGCCGUUGAUUGGGGCAACACUCACGUUCAAAAGGCACAAGAUAUUGGAAAGGCGGCGAGUGAUUUCAUUCAACAAGAACUCAAGAUGGACUAUGUGUAUGAUUACAUGUACCAUCUUCUAACCGAAUACUCGAAACUCCUCCUGUUUAAACCUGAGAUUCCCCUCAAUGCCGUGGAGAUUUGCUCGGAGACAAUGGCGUGCCCGAGGAGUGGGAACGAGCGGAAGUUCAUGACGGAAUCACUUGUGAAACGCCCUGCGGAGUCUGGUCCGUGUGCCAUGCCGCCUCCGUAUGAUCCGGCAUCGCUUUACGCGGUUGUGAAGAGGAAACAGAGUACGACUACGAGAAUUCUACAGUGGGAGAUGAAGUACUGGAGCAAGCAGAAUCAAACCGGUUCUUGAGUAUUUUUUAGCUUUGUGUAGAGAAAACCAAAUAUGUACACGUAUACCGUACCGGCCUCAACUUGUUGAAAAUCCGGUUCGAUGUUGUUGUGUAGAUGAUUAGAGACAUAUGUCCCAACUUUAGGAUAUUUAACACGAAAACUCAAAAUGGAAAAAAACUUCAUAUAAUUUUCUA